AUGACAAUUGAAGACGGAGUAAAAGAUAUAUUGAAAAAGAUUGUCAAAGUAUGGGAUGAACUUGGUGUUGAAAAUAACUAUAGAGUACAACAAUGUGAUCAAGCAUCACAACAAGUCAUAAAUCUCUAUAACAAUCUUUUAAAGAAAGAAGAGAAAUAUAAAGAUGAUGUAAUCAAAGAGAUCUUGGCUGGAUUGGAAUCGAUUUGUUCAAUGUCCACAGAGUUGGGUGAGACUGUAAAGGAUACCAACAAACCAUUGGCCAAUAUGAAUCUAUUACAGAGAUCUUCUUAUAUUGAAUCUCAACUUAGUACUUUAAGAAAGAGAACAGAAGAUAGAGUUGCUCUCAUUGAAGAUCUAGAAGCAACAAUUGAAGAUAUCUCAAAGGAAUUGGAAUUGAAAGACUUGAAUCAAUCGCAUAUGAAUGAGAGUGACAUCAAUGGAAAUGAUUAUUCAAUGGAGAAGAUUUCUUCACUUCAAAAGAAAUUAAAGAAAUUACAAGUUCAACGUAAUGAAGCAUUUAUUAAAGUUAAACAAUUAUGUUUGGUAAUCGUCGAAUUGUGGACAGAAUUGAGAAUUGCACCAGAUACCGAAUUUGAAUUGUCGAUCGUAAAGAUGUCCGAUACCAACGAAGGAAAGUCAUCACCUAUUUCACUGUGUUUGGCAACGAUCACCGUACUCUCACAAAAGAUUGACAAGUUACAAAUCAUCAAGAAAGAAAACGAAGCGAUGGUCACUGAAUAUGCACAAAAGAUCACUAUACUCUGGGAUAAACUCGAAGUACCCGAAGAUGAACGUGAAUCAUUCUUUGCUAAAACAGCUGGUUUAGGAAUGGAUGUUGUUGAAGCCUGUCAAGAAGAAUUAUAUAGAGUCGAAGAAUUGAGAAGAGCAAGUUUAUCAGAGUUGAUAGAGAGAUGUAAAGCUAAUAUUGUAGAGAUUUACUCUAUUAUUCAUUGGCCGUUGGAGAGAAUCGAUGAGUUGGUGGAGGAUACACUCGAUGGCAGUGAGGAGCACCUGGAGUUGUUGGAAGCCGAGGAGGAUCGUGCGCGUCAAGUCUACGAGAUUUCAAAGCCGUUGAUUACGCUGAUCGAGAAGCGUGAGGAGAUUAGAAAUUCAAAGAUUGAAUACGAGCAGACGGUUCUCGGUGACAAAGAGCGAUUGCUCUCGAAGAAGUUUGAUCGUGGAAGAUUCAUUCAGGAGGAGAAACUGAGAAAAGCCAUUCAAAAGUUGCCAGCCGUCGAGGAGAAGCUGAGAAAGGAGUUGGUAGAGUGGCAAAAGACACACGGUGAACCGUUUGCCUACGAUGGAUUCGACUAUCUCGAUCUGAUGGAUCAGCAAGCCGACAACGACAGAAUCAAGCGUGACCUCGAAAAAAUGAGAAAAGACAAAGAGAAGCAAUCGAAACUGAACGACGAUUCACACAAGCUCGGUGGAAAUGGAGCUGGAAAUGGUGGUGCCAAUAGUACUGCCGCCAAGAAGCUUAAUACCGUUGCCAAGACACCUGUUAAAUCUAGCGCUGCUUCGACUGCCGCCUCCAAAACAGUGGGAGUUGUAGGCGGUCCAACCACUCCAUCGACACCAAGAAACGUCAGUUCAUUGUUUAUCAAGAAACAACAGUUGCAAGCACAACAAUCGACUUCCUCGCAAACCGGAAACAAUGGCCACUCGGAGGAAUCAUCGAUGGUACAGUCGCCAUUCGUAGAGAGAAUCGGAAAGAAACGUGCUCCACUCUCGCCAAUCUCCAAUCAGCUGAAUGGCAUGAGUGCUGGAGGUAAUAUCAGUGAGAAUGGACAUGUCGUAAAGAAAAAGAUAGUCACCAUUCAAACGAAUCCAGUGGUUGUCACCGGUGGUUCCACCAGCUCGGCCGCAGCCAAUAAUCUUCUUAGAAAGAAACAAUUGGCAUCGUCACCAUUGAAGAAUACAAAGACAACGUCAUCCACAACAUCCGUCAAAUCAACAUUGUUGAACAAACCAAAAUCCACAACAUCCUCAAAAACUACAACAACAUCCUCAUCUUUACCAAAACUUCCAGCUUCGCUAUUACAACAACCUUUAUUUAAUCACGACCAAUCCAUCGUCUGUCACUAUCAAUAUGAUAAUGAAGAUUUAAUUAUGAAUGAAGAGAUAUAG